CUAACGCCAUGUUGCUAAUGUUAAUCAAUAUUGUAUACUUGAUUGCUGUUGAAUUAUUAAUUUUACGAAAUAAUUAAAUGUUCAUGCAUUAUUGUUCUUAAUAGUGAAUAUAAUUUGUUGAUAACAUAUUUCAACUGCAAUCAUGCCAAGAAAGAGUAAAACUGUGAAAUGUGAAUAUAAUAAAAAAUACCGUCAAAGGGUUGUCAAGAAUGAAGAUAGUGUUUUUAUUGGGAAAGAAAACAUAGAAAGAUGGACUAACUUAAAAAAUAAAUUUAAUUUCCUGUCUGACAACGAAUUUGCUUCGUAUUUAUUGGACUUGUUUACAAACGAGAAGAGUUGCCUUCAAAACAAACCAUUUCAAAAGGACAACACAUAUAAACAAUCCAUCAUAGGACCAGAAGGGUUGGCGUCAGAUGUUGAUCAACUCGAAUCUUCUAGCCCCAAAGUGCUGCUGUUGCAGAAUAACACCAACAAAGUGGAAACCAGCUCAUCAGUGAUUGUAGUGAACAGCACACUUCGAAGUGACAACGAAAAAAAUUAUGAAGAUAGAGAAACACAAGCCUGUCACCCUCUCAUAGUGGAGACCUCCCAGAUUUCUCAUACUAAUGAUCCUUGUUUGACCAACACGUCUCAUGAAAGUCAAAAUGUCUCAGAUGCAGCAGAAAAUGUUGAUUCUUCGCCUUGCAGUACUUCUGAGAAUCAUUCAGCUCAAACAAAUUUAGAAUCAACCGACAAGUUCACAAACGCAGAUACAUUUGUUGAAAGUGUUAGUGGAGAGAAAAGUAAUGAACCCCAAGUUCAGCUUGGGCCUGAAGCGACCAGCUGCGGUGCUGAUUUUAAACAGAAGAAAAACAGGAAGACCAAAGCCAACAAUGCCAAAGAAACCAUUUCACUUGAUGAAGAAGGAACAUUGAAACAAAAAAAGAAGAAGUGGAAAUGUCUUGAAAACAAGCAGUAUGGUGACAGCACAGGAGCUGUAGAUAAGGUACCUACGCCAGUUCUGGGUAUGAAAUCAGAAACCACAGAUUCGGAAGUUUCGGCGGAGAUGGUGGAAGCGAGGUUGAAACUGCCAGAGCCACCGUGCGAACGGGUAGCCAUCACUAUCAAGCUGUGCGGUGACUGCGAGCUACAUCACGUCCAGGACGCUUGUCCCCUCCGACAACCCAUCGCUCUGGUUGCUGACUCUGUCUCGAUGGACGAAUGGGUUGCAGGUCGGGUGGGAAACGACCUAGUGAAGAGUUUCGCAGAGGCAUCACUGCCACCAUGCCUUGAGCUGAAGGUGAUAGACAGUCAACAUGGUCCAAGUGUUGUUGCUGGGCAGAACCUCCGAGCGUUCCUACAGUUUGGACCUCUGGUGGGGCAGCCCAUUGCUGAGCGUGAGAUUCCAGAUGAUUCAACCAUGGAACACAUCUGGGAGCUUUCAGACAGUGCGAGUUGUCGCUACAUGACGACCAGUGAUGCCAACCAGUCUAACUGGCUGCGUUACGUCCGCCCCGCACCUGUCCGGUCUUCGCGUAAUCUAGAGGUGAUACUGCGUGACGACCAGCUGCUGUUCAUAACGACCACGGCUAUCAGUGCGGGCUACGAGCUGCUCUUCUGGAUGGAAAACUUCAACACGGCUUGGUCUCAUAAGAAGUUAUGUAAAACAAAGUGUGGAGGAUGCAACCUUAGUUUCUCACACACCCUUUACUACCGCCUCCACUGUUCUGUGUUCCAUGAUCCUGCCUACAGUCUCACCGUACGCAAGUAUCACUGCAAGGUGUGUGGUUUGUCAGUGCUAGGAAAGGAGAAUAUAGUGAAACACGCAGCCGAUAAACACAAUGGCAAGGGGGCAUAUCAGUGCCAGUUUUGCCAUAAGUUUUUCCUCCGGCUGAACUAUCUAGAAGUUCACCGAACGUACGGCUGCUCUGCCAACCCCAAUCGAGCCCGUCCACUCUGCGACUAUUGUGGUCGCAAAUUCUGCCAACCUCAGAAAUUGAAAGUUCACAUCAAACGGAUGCACAGUGAGAUGCUGGAGGUGUUGAGGGACUUCCAGUGCAAACACUGCCUCAAGAUCCUGGGUUCCAGGGCAGCAUUACAACGACACUUCAAGGAGGUACAUCAGAAGGAUGUGGUAGGAGCUUUCACCUGUGAUCGCUGCGGGAAGAUGUUCCAGAACAAGUCCAACCUCAAGAUUCACAUGCUCACACAUUCAGGCGUCAAACCUUUCAAGUGUAAGGAAGCAGACUGUCCAGCUGCGUUCACAACAAAGCAGUGUUUACAGUUCCACUACCGCAAGAUCCACAGGCUGGAGGAGGGUUGUAUGCCACGUAUAGAACGCUCAGUCGAGUACACUUUCGAUGCAUACGCAGGAAGUCGUCGUCCAAGCAGUGUCAACAGCGACUCCCAGUGCAGCACUGAUGGUGAAGACAACCCUCCCGGAAAGUAUCCUACUGAAGAGCACUCUCGGCUCUCCCCUCCUAUUUCUGUAACCAAUGAACAAGUAACUAAAGCUCCUCUAGACACGUUCAACAAGAUGGUGGUCAGCAAAGGCAGUAAGAAGUGGAUGGGAGAGACAGCUGAGAAUUCGAGGAGUAAUGUUUUUGACUUUGAUGAGGACGAUAAGGAACAAGACAUCAACGUUUCACAAAUCGAGGACGAACCAGUUCCGAUGCUCUUCCACCAUUGUAAACAAGACUCUGCCAAUGCAAGUUUGCUUGUUGAAGCCGCUUUAGAUGCUGCUGAAAGGGAUAUCGAUAUUACUUCUAAAGUUCCGUCACCCAUGUCCUUGGUAACGAAUAAGGAAGUUUAUCCCGUUCUGCGAGCUCAUCUCUCUCACUCACCACUGAGUCUGAGCAGGCCAGUUUCCCCGGUAGAUUAUCCGAUCCAGGAGCAGAGUCAGUCACCGCACUUAGCCAUGGAAUCGUGUUAUCCGACUGCCAUCAGCCCACGGCAUCCUUACAGUUUGAUGUUUCCAGAGAGAACACCACAUUAUGAGUUCCGACUUUCUCCUCCUCCAGGACAAGUGGAUACUUUCCAUCUUGAAGAGUCUAGAUAUGACCUCCACCACAGGAGAGAUGAGAAUUCUAGCGAUGAGGGAAUAAACGUGGCACAGAACCUGAGUUUGGGGUUGAAGAAUAAGCCUCUACAGUUGGAGAUCCCGUACAAAUAUGAUGCCUUAGAAGAGAGAAGUUUUGAGUGUGGAGAAGGCCUGGACAUGUCGAGAACUAGUGGUUACCAUCAUUCAUUCGUCUCAAUGGCACCUCGGUAUCCUCAUGCUCUCUACGAGCCGAGGACUUACUCACACGCAGACGUCUUGCGUGUCGUGAACUUUUCCCAUAGUGUUGACCUUUCCUUGCCAAGGAGUCAUCACCAAUUGACGCCACCAAUGAAUCAAUCGUUGAUUGAACCCAUUAGGAUCAUUUCCCCACCUCCACCUCCUCCUCCUCCAUACCAGGCCUACCCUCUCUCUACCUCUCCCUAUAGUAGACCUCCACACUCGCCUACUUAUCAUCCCUACAAUAAUACCUACUAGAAUGUAAAAAUCUUAGCAUGACAUAAUGUCAAGUAUGAGAGGAUUCAACACCCAUAUUGUUGUUGUUAAGAAUACUUUCACUGUAGAUGGAAGAAGCUGUUGAAUUCCAGAUUAUAAUAAAAGGUAGAGAGAUAAACAAUUCCAAAAUGUCACAUUGUCUUAAAGAAGUGUAUGUUUUUGUAUUAAGGGUGCAUGUGUAUGUUUAUUUAAAAUUAAUUCAAGCUUUUAAGAAUACAAAUCUUGAGUUUGUGGUUGUAAAUUUUAAAGAUACUUAUUAAUAUGAGGUAAAAUGGAAUUAUGUGGUGCUCAUCCCUGAUAUCUGUGUGGUUAUAGCAUAGCUUAUUACCUCCAGGUCACGGGUUCGGCAAAGAGUUUUAGCAUGCUAACAUACAAUUAUCUGAGCCUGACCUGAUGGUUUGUCAUAGAGUUUCAGAUCGACAGAAAGAAAAUAAAAACAGUUGUGGUAUGUAUAUUUCUUUUUUAUAGAUCAAAUCAAAAGGGUCGAAUUAAAAUUACUCAGAGUAAAAAUUGUUAUAAAGUAACAUGAGGAGCCAACCAAAACUGAUUAGUACUUUCUUAAUUUAAUAAAUGCUUUCAGAGGAUUGUAUGGUUUAAUCAGUACCCAGCAGGGAUCACUUCUGACUGGUUUAUACCUUCCAGUUGAACCCACACUGGGUACAGCAAAAACCGAUGUGUCACUUAUGGAUUUCCAAGAAGCGGCACAUCACUAUCCGCAAAUGUCGAGAUUUUGGGGUGCAAGGGCAAUUCGAUAGGUCUAGUCUACUGCGGGAAAUGACUGUUGGAGUUUGGUGGGGUUCGUUCCCUAUCUAUCAGAGGUUCUUUCUAGCUUUAACAAGGGUUUGCCACCCCCUGCUUGCUUUGACUGGAGAGGCUGGUUCAGAGCUGGCCUCCUCUUCUUCCGGGGGUCAUGACUUUAAGAUUAGUGCCCUAAUUCUUCCUCAUGGAUCUCGAUAGGAGGUGGCCCCUCCUAUAUAUAUUUUAUAUAAAGCAAUACAAAACAAGCCUGAUAACAAAGUUAAUAACUCAGCAAAAUCACUCUUCAACAUCAUGAUGGAAAAGUCCAGCAGCCUGUUCUUCCAGGUACACAUAAAUUAUGAUGAUAAAUUUCAAUAACACAUUCAUUUGUGUAUGUAUUUUUGGGUGUUCAUGUGAGGCUUUUCUUUAUAAAUUACAAGAGGACGCACUGAUGCUGUCACUUUUUUUGACAAGGUCUGCACCCUACAUACAAACUCCUUAGGACUAUUACGGUUGUAAUUUCAAUUUAAAUCAUAAUAAUUGAGUAAUAAUAAUCUUAGCUUUCUGCAUCCUCUCAUACAUGAAAACUUUUACAAAUAAAGAUCCCUUUGAUAUAUGUACAAAGUUCUGUUCUCAUGUAGUAUUAAAAUGGGUAUCUAAUACUGAAGUAAUACUUACUAAUCGGGUCAAAGGCAUGUUGCAAGACUGAUGUCCGGGGAAAAGUAUAUUGUGGUAUGUACGCUUGUCGUGAUGCGUUAUCUUCAUUGUAAAAUUGAUGAAGAUCCUAAUGUUGUGGCAUAUUUGAAAAUGUAUUAAUAAUUAUAAGUGAUUAAUCUGCUGUACAAUACUUUGAUCCCUUAAAAUUUUACAUAAGUGUGUUUUUAUAGCCCUUGGAUUGAAUCAUUCCAAUUUCUUCAAUGACAGUAGACCACUUUAUUCAUAAAAUUAUAUGUUUAUCAUAGAAAAAUUGUGCGUGCAAGACAAAUGAGUUGAGUUAGAGUUAAAGGUGUUUAUGGAAAAAGCAAUAUUAAGUAAAUUGUAGCUUAAGUGUUAUGAAGAAAUGAUGCUGUAUUAGCUAAUAUGGGGUUGGAUCGAAGUUCGGGGAUGUUUUAAGAGUUUUAAUGGUACAACCUAUAACAUUGGAAUCCUCAAAUCCUUCUUGGAUGAAAUUUUGUUCUCCCCACCUCCCCAUCUUAAGAACGUGAUAAAAUAUUUCUUACUAAAUCGAACUGUUUAGCAUAAUUUCCUGUUCUUAUUUUUUAUUUAGCAAAACAUAUAGUCGUAUAGCUUAUUCACUGUCUGUCAUUCAAAAAUUAAGAAUGAUUUUUUAUCAAUAUGGUCUGUUGUGCUGUUUUGUACUAUUUUUCUCAUCACAAGUAAAAAAUAUCCAAAUUAGAAACGUUUGGUCGUUAAAUACAUCUAUAUAUAUAUAAAAAUGAAACUGUUCGUGUGUAACAGCAUCACUCACAAACGGCUGGACGGAUUCGCCUAAUU